GAUAUUCUAAAGGAUUAUGUAAAUAUCAUAUUAGUUCGAAAAUUUUCAUCAAUUUUUUAUUUGCACUAAACCAAGACAAAAAGCAAGUUACUAUAAACGAAAAAUGUAGAAAUUUAAAAUAUUAAUUAAGUAUUUCCAUAUUAAAACAAAAUUCAAAAGUUCUCAUUACCAUAAGUAACGUCAAAAUGGUCCUCAACAACGUUAUAUACGAAGCACUUGCGGUGAGCUGAAAAGUUUGAAGACCCCUGAUUUACGGAAUCAAAGGCAACGCUAAAGUCGGUGUAAAAUUAUGACUACCCGUUUUCUGUUACCGAUUGCAGGAUAGCAGGUGCUCAAUAAAGAAAGUAGGUUAGUUUCAAUUGAGCGAUUGGGUAGAAAACCGCAGAAGCAGCCAUUCUGUGAUUAUUUGUUUGACCUCAUUCUAUCGUUAUCAGCACACCAGGGGUUUGAAAAAAGGGAAAUAAAUUGUAUACUGUUAGAUAAUCACAAUGUUUUACUAUCUUGCGGCUACUGUGGUGAAUUUGCUGUCAGUUUCACUUGAACCAGUGAUGUGGAUGGUUACUAGUAUCGUAAAAGAAGUGUACACUAUUUUAGCUAAAUAUAUCUACGAAAUAAAGGAUAAUGUUUUGUGCAAUGUCAAAGUAUGGAAUAGUCGUAUUAGUAUUAUUUCAUGCAUUUCAACACGCUGUUAGUUGCCUAAAAGACAUAUCUUACAAAUGCACAAAUGAAGAACAAUGUGUUAGAGUGUACGGUAAUACCAAAAGUGCCAGCGAGUCACAUGUUUUCUCUACUUUAAGCAACUGUCGUUUGCUGUGCGGAAAAUAUGGUCCUUUGUGGCCCAGACCUACAGGCCAUGUGACUCUUGGAAAAGAAACAACUGUAGUCAAUCCCUUAAAUCUGCGAUUUGAACAAGAUUUUAUCAACCAAACUACUGAAGGCACAACAAUAUUAAGAGAAAUAAAAAUGUAUUUUUUGCGCAAUUUGCGAAAAGCAUUUCAAACCCAAAUUUUACAUGAAAGUACACCUGGGAUGCCAAUAAUUAUAAAAAUUCAGAUUACUUCAAAUGAAACUAAUCUAUCUUGGUAUGUGGAUGAAAGUUAUAAAUUAAAAAUAUCGAUAGAAAACUUAACAACAGUAGUUACAACAAUAGAAGCAAAAACAAUAUUCGGUACACGUCAUGGUUUCGAAACGCUAUUGCAAUUGUUUACGACAGUCAAUUCUUCUGUAAAUAUAUUGUCGCAGGCAAACAUUAUUGACCAACCCAUCUACGCCCAUCGUGGGCUCCUAAUCGACACUGCGAGAAAUUAUAUACCAAUAAAAUGUUUAAAAAGACAAAUAGAUGCAAUGGCCGCUAGCAAAUUCAAUGUUUUUCAUUGGCAUAUUACCGAUACACAAAGUUUUCCAAUGCAGUUCGAUACAGUUCCUGAAAUGGUUUUUUACGGCGCCUACUCAAAAGAAGAAGUUUAUAGCCAAAAUGACAUUAAAAGCAUAAUUAAGUAUGCGAAAUAUCGUGGAAUACGAGUCAUUCUUGAGCUUGAUGCGCCUGCCCACGCGGGUAAUGGCUGGCAAUGGGGUCCUGAGAAAGACCUCGGCAACUUGGCCGUCUGUGUAAAUCAGAAACCCUGGCGUAAUUUUUGUAUAGAACCACCAUGUGGCCAACUAAAUCCGAUAAAUCCCAACUUAUAUACUGUACUGCAACAAAUCUAUAAAGAUAUAGCCGAAAUGAAUAAGGAAGAAAGUGUUAUUCAUAUGGGAGGAGAUGAAGUAUUCUUCGGUUGCUGGAAUGCGACGGCAGAAAUCAUAAAUUACUUGAUGGAUCAUAACCUAGGUCGAACUGAGCAAGAUUUUCUUACAAUGUGGAGUAAGUUUCAGAUGGCGCUAAACUUGCUCGACCCAGCGCAGGAAUCGCUGAAGUCCCACGCGAGAGACCAGCCAAAAUCUGCGCUUUCUAGCUGCUAACUGCUCGAAUUUGCGCAGCGGGUGAUCUACGGCAAACGCAUCAAACAGCAAGUGUUUUUCCUUCCAACAGCACGCGCCAUCGGUGGAGCAAGCAGCCAACGUUUUGAUCGCCAGUACGUGCCAUCAAGAAUUGAAAUAUCCCCGAAUAGCUCUGUGAAUAAAAAACUGCACACUUACUGUCCGAAUUUCCUGGAAUUUUUUGAUCGUCGUACGCUCGCGGGAAUGGUGUGUCCGUUGAGGGAAGGAAAGAAAGGGUGGGAGUGAGGAUUAACCAAAACCGCGGCAUUGAGAAUGAGGGGAGGUGCGCUCAGCGCUCACGCUGGGACACUCACGAUGCUUGAAAUAAAAUGUUAACAAGCAUCGAUUUCAAGCAUGCAUGUCGCGCGACAUUUUGCAAAGCGAGUGGCUUUGACAUGGCGCGUCGCCCCCUCUUGGCAGAAAUCGCCUGUACACUCUGCCUCUCGCUACCGCCGCUCCCGCUUGGCAAAGAGUAACUCAUUUUGAUGCCUCUCGCUACCCCUGGCCUUAGUUUUGAAGGAAUCAUGCGACACACUCGCACUCCACUACCCCAUCCCAUGGAAAAACGCUCCCACCAUCGAGGUGUUGACCAAAAUUUCGCUGUGUGCAUGAGACACACACUCGCACUCCUCCAGCCCUCCACAGCUGAACGCUCCCACCGUUGCGAAUUUGCGAGAAUUUUUGCUCUGAGCGUGAGACCCUGAAGCGCCAGAGAUGACACUAUGUGUAAAGACGAUCAUAAUUCGAUAUGGUCAAAAUGCGUCGAUUAUCGUUUCAUUUAUCUGGUAAUGAUGUUUUCACUUCAUCAAAAUUUUAAACAUUAACAACUAGGCUGAUAACAAUAAUUGAAAUGUAAAUCAGAAUAAAUUAAAUUCAUUUGAAGUAAAAUGAAUUCCAUUAUACUCUAUUUUGACCAAAUGAUCAACUCUUGUACAUAGUGCCAUUUACUAUGUGUUCUUCACUCUCGCGCUGUGUUGUGAUCGUUCGAAACUCAUUGCCAGAACGAAUGCAAAUUUCAUUUGGGAAGGAUCGGUGCCGGAAGAUGCAGUGAAAAUUAUAAAAUGUUUAUAGAAAAGUGGUUAAGUAAAUCGUGAAAGAUGUCAACGCAGGUGUAAAUGCAGUUUGUUUUGUUACUUGAUCUACGGCUAUUUCAUUACCAAAGCACCUGAUAACCGAUCAAAGAAGGUGAAUCGGGCUUACAGAGUCGCCGUUUAACUUCAAAUAUCUUCGUGAUCGGCAAACGCAUCAAACACCAAGUGUUUUCCUUCCAACAGCACGCGCCAUAGGUGGAGCAAGCAGCCAACGAUUUGAUCGCCAGUACGCGCCAUCAAGAAUUGAUAUUUUGCCAGCCAGUACUGUGAAUAAAAAACUGCACACUUACUGUCGGAAUUUCCUGGAAUUUUUUGAUCGGUCUACGCUCGCGGGAAUGGUGGGUUCGUUGAGGAGAAGGAAAGAAAGGGUUCAGUCAAAUUAUAGCUGAUUUUCGUAUAAUUUUGCAUAAAGUGGUAUGUUUAAGCCACUAAAUUAUUCAUUUGAUCUGAUUUCAACUCAAUAUUACAAUUUUAUACCUUUUGAAAUGGUUUUUAAUAUUCAACCAGCGGGGAAUUUAUUUUGCAUUUGAUAUUCGAUUUCUCAAAUUAGUACAAUUUGCUUAAUGAACUGUCAUAUUUAGAAAAAAGCGUAUAGUGAAAUUGCGUAUUUCGAGUAUGACGUAUAUUGAAGAAUACCUGUAUAGCUACCCGAGGAAGGCGCUGCUUCGCGUUCACAUGAAGAAGUGGUAGUGUAAAAUCAAGUUUGUAAGCAGAAGGACGCGUCGAUGCGUGCUCGUUUUUUUCUUUCGUGAAACCAGUACGGAAAAAAACUAUUUGGUAAGUACAGCUUUUAAUAAAGGAUUAUAUCAAUCUGUAUCAAACUGAAUGGUAUUAAUAAUUGGUGAUAUCAAAUCAAUUUCGUUUUGUAAAGCAAAUCGUAACACACGCAUAAACGGAAGUGAUCACGGACCACGAUAGAAAUAAUCAAUUGGUUGCAGUGCCAAAAACAAAAGGACAGGAGAGGCAGGAACGAUCAUUCAACGCGUUAGCGCCGGACGAAGGAGAAGCGGCAGGAAGGCAGGAACGAUCCUCCAACGUGCUAGCGCCUGGUAGAGGAGAGGCGGCAGGAAGGUAGGGACGAUCAUCCAGCACGCUAGCGCAGCACCUGGGAACAGCGAGGAGGAGGCAAGCAGGAAGAAUUUUUGACGCGUGCACACCAUUCGAUGAAGACAACGCUGGAGGAAAGGAAGAACGAGGAGAGAAGGCAGGCAAGACGGGUACGUAUGUAUCCCGCAACGGGUUUUGGCAGUGUGAAUUGUGUGAGUAUUGAAAAGUGUAUGGGUGACUAUACCCCCAGGACAAUCGCAUGGCAAUCGGAUUGAACGCGCAACAUUUUCCAUACAAUCCGUAGUGUUGCGUUUUCUUCGCGCCAACUUUGCCUGUAUUUUCAAUGAGCCAAGCGAUUUUACCCCCUCCUACACGCAUUGUAUCCUACAGCACGCUUGACGCGGCAACGUUCACCACAUACACACACACAUCUCCACACUCAGGGUACGACAUCUUCCCUGUUGCUGUUCUGGACUCAGACAAAAUUUGUGUUUCUACACUUAUUGUUCAAAAAAGUAGUAGCUCUUAGGAUCUGAAUUUACAAACAAAUAUCAAAAUGUUAUGUUCUGCUAAUGAUAUUGCUCUAAAUUUAAAUGCACUACAUUAAGUUUUUACAUAUCUUUCGUAAAAAAUCGUCAGAGUAUGAAAACGUCGUUACAAUUUGUCAUGAAUAACUUGAAUUUUAAGAUUUUCGCGCAUAAAAUUAUGACGCGCGCUGUCUGUGCGGCGGCGUAAGUCGCUACUCGUAUAGCCGUCUCGCUUCUUCUUGUGUGUGCUUUACCGUUGCUCACCGCUUCAAGAACAUUGCUGCUCACACACACGUCAGUCUGUGGCAAACAAUUGGAGGGGGAGGAUGUGUCGGUUUGCUCCAGAAAUCGUGUGUGAUUUUGGUGAUCUGGAUUUGGUUCCAUCGCUGUUUGUUUUGGUGGAAUUGAAAAGGUAAGAAUCAUCAACCGAUGUAAAAGUGUGAGAGUAAGAUGAUGCUGAUGGUGACUGAUGCUUUUCUUUGUUUCUUUUCCUGUUUUCAUCCACUGAUGGCGUCGAGCAUCGCCGAGGAUGUGAUCGAAUGCGGAAUAUUCUAAACGAGGAGCUUCAUUCCGGAUUUUGUUUGCAAUAAGCGCUGAACUCAUCCUCCAGCUUACAACGAACGGUCAACGGAUGAGGAAGGAAAGGUACACGCGAAAGGUACACGAACGGUCAACGGAUGAGGAAGGAAAGGUACACGCACAAAAGUGCACAUCUCAGCCUUGUCGGAGAACGAGAACACGGGAGGGGGAGACCGGCAACGUAGGUUCUAUACGUUCUUCAUUUACGCUCCCUCGUGCGUUCGUGCGUGCGUGCACGCGCGCGUCUGUGUGUGUGUAUGUGAGUGCAUGCCUGCGUGCGUGGCUGUGUGUGUUUUUGCCGCUUCGCUUAAUCCUACGGGAUCACCUUGUGAAAAACACCAAGAGAGGGGGAGGGGUAGAUGUAUGUGUAUGUGUGUGUAUGUGUGCUUGCAUGCAUACGUGGUUGUGAGUGUGUUUUUUGCUGUUUCGCGAUCUCCUACGGAAUCAAAAGGGGG